AUGACAAAAAGGCGAAUUAAGAGGAAUUUCGAGGAACAGUUUGCUGUUGUCUCGUCGUUGACAGUUACACCACCAAAGUCGACGAAUGACGAGACCAAACCAAAGAAAACUCGUAACUGGUCCUAUAACAAAGUAUGGCGCAGGGGCGAAGCCCAGGAACAGGAGAACGGGAGAAAUCCCGGGGGCAAGCCCGGCAAGGUCCUACCUGUACCGCCAUCACAGACCGAGGUCACACCUGUUCCGCCAUCACAGACCAAGGUCAAGUGUGGUCCGCCCCAGACAGCCCAUGGCUGGCGCUACAACAGAGUGUGGAGGAGGGACAGGGUGUGGAGGAGAGAGAAUUUCGAGGAACAGUUUGCUGUUGUCUCGUCGUUGACAGUUACACCGCCAAAGUCGACGAAUGACGAGAUCAAACCAAAGAAAACUCGUAACUGGUCCUAUAACAAAGUAUGGCGCAGGGGCGAAGCACAGGAACAAGAGAACGGGAGAAAUCCCGGGGGCAAGCCCGGCAAGGUCCCACCUGUACCGCCAUCACAGAACAAAGUCACACCUGUAUUGCCAUCACAGGACAAGGUCAUACCAGCAUCGCCAUUGAAGGCAAAGGUCACACCUGUACCUCCAUUACAGACCAAGGUCAAGCGUGAUCCGCCCCAGACAGUCCUGACGUCAGUGAACAAGUCCUCCGCCUCGACCACCAACACCGUACCCUCGGCUGAGAUGCGCGUGUCUGACACUGCAAAAACUAACUCUGUCUCUCUGACCCCCGUGAAGACGGCGACUUCCGGCACACAUGAGCUGGUGUCUACUACGUAUGACGUAUAUUGCAAGGAGACCCAGUCGGACCCUCUCUCUGGUACGGAGAAAACCCAGGGCGAAGCAAGGCCAAAUCGUUGCUCAUCUAGAGAAGAUGUGGUUCAAUCUCCCGCUGAUAGAUGGGGUAUGUCCUCCAAAGACAAUGCGCCGGAUUCUCCAGUGGCUGGGGACAAAAAGCACCUGAAGGAGUCUCUUAAGAGAAAGCGAUGUGAGCCUCAAACCACCAUCAGCAAGCGCAUUAUGCUGGAGCACUCAGCAGCCGUCAGUCAGCUGACGUCUGUCAGUUAUCGUUUUCUGUGGAGUAUGGAGACCCUCUUUGACGGACUCUGUCUUGUCUUUGAGGACUUCCGUCUUUGAGUCCAUCUACUCCACAGGUUUGGCAAGUUAAAACUAUGCUUUAUCUAGAGCAUAUAUGUGUGUUUUCUUAAAUUCUUUUUGGGCUGUGGGAUCUAAAUAUUUUAUGGGUUGGUUAAUUAUAAGUUAAAUGGUAACACACAUAAAUGUAUAGUGCUCCUUGCUGAAUCCAUUUGUACAUAUGUAAAUAGUUUGUUGAAUGAUAUAUAGUACCCCCAUGAUUAAAAUGAUUUAUUCUUAAUAUCAUGCUUUGUUUCAUUCGAAGUUUUCAUUAUUCCUCUUGCAUACAUUUUU